AUGGACCCCCUUGAGGAGGCUUGGUGUAAUCACUACACUGCCAUCUGCAAGCAGGAACAUCUGGAGGGUCUCACCAUCUGGAGGAAAUCCCUCUUCCAUUUGGAUUCUAUGCAGGAUGCCCUCUAUGACAAUUGUAAACGGUACCUGCUGGGCUCCGCAAUCCCCCCUCUCGAGCUGCAGGAGGAGCAAUCCUCUGCCCAUGUUACCGAGAAGGAAGCAGGCUCACGGGGCUCCGGGAGGGAGCAAACGGCCGACACCACGGCCACGGCGGGGCAGGCGGAGGUUCCCGAGCCCGGGAACUGGGGCGGAGGGCGCUGCAGCGCCGCGCCUCUCACCAUGCACCAGUCCCUGACUCAGCAGCGCUCCAGCGAAAUCUCGCUGGCCGAUUCCAUGGGUACCUUCAACCGAAGGAAGAGAAACUCCCUCUACGUCACGGUGACCCUGCUCAUUGUGUCCGUGCUGAUCCUGACCGUGGGUCUGGCGGCUACCACCAGAACCCAGAAUGUGACCGUCGGAGGGUAUUACCCUGGAGUCAUCCUUGGUUUUGGAUCAUUUCUCGGAAUCAUCGGCUCAAACUUAAUUGAAAAUAAAAGGCAAAUGUUGGUGGCCUCCAUCGUCUUCAUCAGUUUUGGUGUGAUUGCUGCUUUCUGCUGUGCCAUUGUGGAUGGAGUGUUUGCGGCCCGGCACAUUGAUCUCAAACCUCUUUACGCAAACCGCUGUCACUACUACUCCAAGACAUCCCAGAAGGAGGCUGAGGAGGUGAACUGCCUCCGUGCAAACCAGGGCUAUUGCAAAUCCAGGAUUAGGGGCAACACCUGCUUCUGCUGUGAUCUCUACAACUGUGGCAACUCCCCCAGCACUUUUCCUGGAAAGAAGGCCAAGAAGAAAAAUAUCGGGAGAAAAACGACCAGCCGUGUGGAGAUCUCUGGAGGCUAUUAUGAAUACAUUGAUGUCAGCAGCUGCCAGGAUAUCAUCCACCUCUACCACCUGCUGUGGUCAGCUACCAUCUUGAAUAUAGUGGGACUCUUCUUGGGAAUCAUUACCGCGGCCAUCCUUGGAAGCUUUAAAGAUAUGACUCCUACGAUUCCGGCAAUGAACUGUUCGGUGGAAAGUGCCCAUCCUAGGGUCUCUUACUACUCUCGGCCUCAGAUAACGUCGUACAAUACUUACUACCAUAGUACGCCCCAUCUGCCGCCCUAUUCGGCUUACGACUUUCAGCAUACCAGUGUCUUUCCAGGCUCCAACCCACCAGGACUUUCUGAUGAGCCUCAGUCUAAUUCACCUUCUCCGAGCUACAUGUGGUCCUCCAAUGAGCCACCACAGUACUCCCCACCGUAUUAUUCACCUUUUGAAAAGCCGCCUCCAUAUAGCCCAUGACGAAGAACUCCUGCCCACCACUGAGAUCAUGGAUGUCUGUUACAGUAGCAUUGGCUGAGUUUAAGGUGUGAUCCUUCCACCGUGUUUGUAGUUUCAUGAUUUGCCUGCCCAGGCGGGGGAGGGUGAUGCUUAUUAUUUCUCAGUGCAGAAGAGGGGGUGACCAGGUGAAACCCACUACUUCUCUCCAUUUAACUGAGAUCCGCUCACCUUCUCUCUGCAAAGCAUGCUGGGGAUCCCGCAUAGCAAGGACUUAGCAUACUGCAUCCUACACCUUCCCACUCCAUCUGCAUUCAGCAGCAGCCAAACUGCCAUUUUUCAUUUUAUGUGAGUUGGCCAUAGUCCUCAGCCACCUGGCCCCUCAGUUGAAACACCCCUACCUUCAACUAGUCAAGCCCCAAGAAGUCCCCAGCUGAUGGGGCCCCACCAGAGUAAUUUCACUCUCCUUAGUGAUAUAAAAAUUCAGCUCAGAUCUCAUUGGUACCUCUCAAAGGGAAAAGUGCAAUAGCUCCUCCCCUUCCUUUAGUGGGGAAAUCAGGAUUUGUUCACAUUUGUUCACAUCCAAACAUACAAGUGAGGUUUUUCAAAAGUGGUUCCUAAAAGGUAGACCCAGGAACCUAUGGAUGUUACAUAUUUUGCUUCAAUGAAAAAUACACUUGCUGGAAGUACACAUCUUACUUGGAUACAAUUCUGUGUGUUCUUGUUAGUGCUAGAUUGUCUUGGAUUGUCAGUGAUUUAUUGUGAUCUCUGUGGCUAUUUAAUCUUCUCAAACCGGGCUGGUUGAGCAUUCUAACAAACUUCACACAUUCUGCAAAACAGCAACAAAGUCAUUCCACCAUGUCAGGCUCCUGCCCGACUUAUGUAAAAACUGCGACAUCAUCAUCUCACUCAAUUUCUAAGUAUUAUAGUAGAUUUAAAGCAUCUGAGCAGCUUUGAAAAAGUAUUCCAAGCUUUAAACCAUACUAGUGAAGUUCAAAUAAUAGAUAUGUAUAUGGUGCUUACAGCUUUACAUACAUUAUUGUGUUUGAUCCUCAUAACACCCAGGGUGAGGCUGACUCCCACUACAAAAUUUAACACCUGGUCCUCCACCAAAUGCAGACUUUCAGUGCAAUUAAACUACUGCAAAAAAAAAACCUGUUCCUGCCUUCAAGGAGCUUUUAUUCUAAUUGGGGGACUCAGCCUAUGAAGAGAUAAGUAAAUAAAAAAAGUGCUAAAGGAACAAUUUGAUAAUCCUAUAUUUGGGUAUUUAUUAUAAAAGAGGGGCCAAAGAAAAAUUGGAUCCUUUGGCAAACAGGUUACUUUUUCCCCAAUUUGACAAAUGAUCAAUAUUAAUACAGCAGGCUAGGGUCUAGAGGUAGUAGACAGGUGCUGGUUAUCCAAACAAACAGAUAUUUGUAGACACCUAGCUGCAGGAUUCCUUAAUGCCUUUAAAAUGCACUCAAUUUGCUCAGUGCAUCUCUUUGAAAAACAAUAUUAGCAUCAUGAGUUUUGUCAUCCAGAUUUAGGGUCUGAAAAAACCAGUAAUUCUUAACAAAAUUGCUAUUUAUUUUUCUGCAAAUCUAAGCAUGAGAGGGGGAAAAGGGGAUUCCAUUGAAUUCUACAUAAAGAAUAUCAUGAUUUGUCUUGCUAUGAUAUUAACUUGUUACAUAUUAUCAUUGGCACUUUCUGUUUAUACUUUAGCUUUAGUGAAUAAGUAUAAGCAUUUCAUUUUGAAAAAAUACAA